AUGCAGACCCGUUUUUUGGCUGCGGUCCCGACUGCUAGGGCCAUAGACAACGAUCCUCAUGGACCUCUUUUUAGAUGGUUGAGCCAGUUUCAGAUUGUCUCGUUAGGACAUCCCAAUGUUGAGUUGUCGGAGGCACAGAUUGACCGGUCCUUAGAGGCAUAUAUUCUUUGGCUGUUCGGCAAGACGAUGUUUACGGAGAACCACGUGACCACUGUCGAUGCACGACUCAUCGGUAUUGCACGAGAGAUAGCUGACGCACGUUGCCCCGCGGAUAUUCUACAGAGGAGUUUUGGUUCUGCUGUGUUAGCGGCUACGUACAGAGGCCUGUGCAAAGCUUGCUUGUUGAAGUCUAGAAAAUCUGGUGUUGUUGGAUGUCCAUUAUUGUUGCUGCUCUGGUCAUACGAGAGAUUCCCUAUUGGACGACCCUAUGUCUACAUUGAUAAACCUUUUGGUUUGGAGGACUUAGCUGGGGCUUAUGUGCCUGCUAUCGGCGACUUACCUACUAUGGGUUCUGUUUGGGCACGGCGAGAGAGACAGUUUGCACAUAGUCAGGUUAGGGGAUGCUACCCGUCCUUCACGGCGCAGUUUGAUAGUUUGCAUGAGGAUCAAGUUAUCUGGGAGCCAUACUCGGCUGAGGCUAUAUCAUCGAGGUACCCAGUUGGGAUUUCUGGAUUGUGCACUAGAGAUCGGCAUUUUUGGAUGACCAAGGCCAAGUUGGUGUUCGAUGUGACGGUUGAGGAGAUGUCUCUUCAUAGAGUAAUGAGACAGUUCGGUCUAUAUCAAGAGCCUGAGAUUCCAAAAAUUCCACAGUUGCCAGAGCACGUGCACAAGGACAGUCGCCUAGGAGGAAACAAGUCCAUGGAUUACUGGCUUAAGAGCAUUACCCCUUACGUUGACGAAUGGACUACCGCUGCGACAAAUACCUGGGGUGAGGGUCGGGCCUUUAACUGGCAAAUGUUCGGGUUGUAUCUGCAGCGUUACCGGCAUACAACAAGGAUCUACUUGGUUCCAUCAGCUGCUCCUGAUCAGAUCGAAGCCCCUCUCACCAGCGAUAUGUACCCAACUGCCUCUGUUGUGGGAACCAGACACCACGCGGGUGACUUGACAGUACAGGCGCGAGAGGAGGUUUCCGCUUUAAUGCGGCGCUUUCAGAGGGGAGAAACUAUCCCACCGCGAGAGGGCGUCUCAUGGUUGAGGCGUCUUGAUGACAAGCUACGGGGGAUUUACGCUGCUGUUACGUGUAGACGGUCUUCGGAUGUUGCACUUCCUCCUCCAGCACAUCGUCCGCCACGUCCCUCUGUACAGCAUUCAGAACCACGAUCCUCUGUGCAACGUUCACAACCACGACCUUCUGUGCACCGUGCAGAACCUCAUCCUUCACAGCCAGGGAGCUCUUCCAGGCAUGAGCCACCUCCUUCACAGCCAGGGAGCUCUUCCUGGCAUGAGCCACCUCCUUCACAGCCAGGGAGCUCUUCCUGGCAUGAGCCACCUCCUUCACAGCCAGGGAGCUCUUCCUGGAAUGAGCCACCUCCUUCACAGCCAGGGAGCUCUUCCUGGAAUGAGCCACCUCCUUCACAGCCAGGGAGCUCUUACUGGCAUCAGCCACCUCCUUCACAGCCAGGGAGCUCUUACUGGCAUCAGCAGAUGGAACUAGGCGGCAACCUGUCGCAACCGUUCAUGCAUUCAGAGCAGUCACCCAUCCUUAGUGGUGGUGCUGAUUACUUUGAGGGCGACCGCGAGGAUGAUGACCAUGCUACAAACAUUUAUGGCUUCUCGCAGACAGUGUUUCACACUCCACCACCACCACCGACGCAGGAGACACAGACCGUGACAGACGAGGUUAACUAUGGUCGUGGUUAUCGCGAUCCUCGUCCACCGCCUCAGCGCUUAUCGCCUUCCGGUCCUCGCCCGAGGAAGACCCAGACUCGUCGCCGUCCCCCGCAGUGA